AUGACGCAGCAGGGCUCCUCUGCUUCCACGAACUCAAUGAACUCCCAGCCCACGUCCCCCUCUUCUUCUUCCACAUUUCCAUGCGCAAACGAUGUCGAACUCAAUCAGACUAUAUCAAAAGAGCCGGCAGAAAGGAACCAGCUUCUUGCAAAACUUCGCGGCCAAACAGUUCGGAUCCCAAACCUCGCGCCUUUAUUCGCCCACUGGCCUACCAAAACCAACGUGCAUCUAAACACCAUCCGCACAGACACCAAAAGCUGGAUCGACGAGAUGUCUCCGGCAGGGAACCCAACCAAACCGCUGCAAGAAUCCGACUUCGGGCUCUUCGGCGCCACAUUCUGGCCCGCGGCGCAAUACUACAAGCUCCGCACCCUGACGUACUUCGGUAUCUGGCUCUUCAUCUGGGACGACCAGAUCGACGUCAACGAUGGGGCUAUGUGGAACGAGACUGCGGCCGCACAAACGCAUCGCGAGCAGACUCUCGCGUAUGUGCGGUACGCGCUGGGCCUCGACGACGACGAUGCCGCGCGCCCUCCCAUUUCCAACCCGCUCAUCCUGAACUUCGAACGCGUCGGCGCGGCGCUGAAAGAAGCGUAUACAGUCGAGCAGAACGAGGCGGUGCUAAGAGAAAUGGAGGUGUUCAUGCACAUGUCGGAACGCGAGCAGCGGAUGCGGGUUGCGGGCGCGAUUCCGUCCAUUGAAGAGUUUUGGCGGUGCAGGCUUGGGAGCAGCGGGAUUGGAUUGUGUCUUGCGUUCACUGAGUUUAGUUUCGAGGAUAUGCGCUUGCCGGCUUCUUUUUUCGAGCGCGAAGAUGCGGAGGUUCUUAGGCGUUGUACGAUUACGCUUGUUGGUGCCACCAACGAUCUCUUGUCGUUGAAGAAAGAGAUUGAGCGCGACGCUAUUGAUUCGCUGGUUCCGCUCCUGUAUUAUCAUUCUGGAGGUGGGUUGCAGAGUGCGGUGGAUGAAGUUGUUGCGUUCUUGGGGCGGGAAAUCAAGAGGUUCGAUUUGGCGGCUGAUAGACUGACGAAGGCGUAUGGGGCUGGAGAUGAGGAUUUGAGGAGGCAGGUUGGCGAGUACGUGGAAGGGUGUCGGUAUUUCACUACUGGGAAUCUGGAGUGGAGCAUGUCUACUAGAAGAUACGGCGUUGAAACUGUGGAUGGAGAGAUUGUGAUGAAGCUUUAACCCUA